GUCGUUACUAGGCAGCGCUAGCGGAUUUUAUUUGCCUGGAAAAAAUCUGACCCUGAAAAUACAAGUUUAAGCACAAGCCGAACGCACGUAAAGCCUUAUAAAUUAUUGUAAAAAGUUGAUGGAAAACUACUAAUCAGUGUCGGGGGGGAAAUACUCACCAAACUGGCUUCCUCAAGUGAAAUAAGAGAAAAACUGCAAAAGAAACGACGUGCUUUGCAGGCAACCUUAGCAAAAAACAAAGAUGAGGACGACGUCCAGGAACCUGAAGACAGCGAGGAAGACCCGGGAGAGACUCUGAAACGCAAGUUAAUGGCUCAGAAACAAAGACGAAGGGAAAGGCUGCUCAAGCAGCCUACAGCCCAAGAGUCUCAUGAUGAUGAAGAGGUUUCUACUAUUCAGCACUACAGUCCAAAUGAAGCAUCUGCUGAAAGGGCAGAUGAUUCACUGGUUUUUUCAAGACCUCCAACUGGAUCUCGGAGAGGUAUCUCUCUAAAAGCUCAGCAUGCUUCCACUUCUCAACAUUUGGAUGACUUUAUGACACAACACUUUGAAGAGAAGCUAAAAGCAGCAAGGUCUAAAGUGGAGAACCUUCAGCAGGAGGAAGCCUCUGCAGAACCUGUCAGUCGCCUCCAAAGCCUCAGAGACAGGGACACUGUAACAAGGUUUGACAGAAAGGUUGAUCCAGUCAGAGCAAAAGGACACAAGGCCUCUCCAGCCCGAAACACCGGGGUCAAGUUCAGAGAAGCUGCAAGACAAAUAGCAGAAGGCCUCCCAACUACAGAGGAGGCAUACAAUUUCUUUACAUUCAACUUUGAGCCUGAUCCACCUGAUGAGACAAAGAGGCUUGACAAGAAAAAACAGAAACAGAGAGAAAGAGCUGAAGAGGACGGAGAUGAGGAUGGAGAGGAAGAGGCUGAGGAACAAGAGGAUGCAGAUGCAGAGGAGGAAAAUCAAGAUGAAAAUCAAAACCAGGAUGAAGAAGCUCCUCUGGUAGGAAACGAAGAGGAUUUAUUUGUCAUUGGCCAGUCUCCUCAGGACUUCUUGGAAGUGAGGAAGGCAGAGUAUGUUAGGUACAGAAAACGUGUUCAGCGUGAUAGCGAGCUCCUGUUUACACCAAGCUUUCAAACAGUUCCAACCUCUGUUAAACUCCCUGAAAACAUGAAGCCUCGCUACCUGGAGGAUGAAGGUCUCUACGUUGGGGAAAGGCCCCCCAUUUCUGUGACCAAUGAGAACAUCUUAGAAAAUCGCAUUUUGAAAAUGAAGGAGGGAAUAAAGUGGUUUGGAGAUGAUGGGAGGAUUAUGGCUCUGCCUGACCCCAUAAAGGAAUCAUCCACCCGACCCCCUCUCUUCCACAUGGAGGGGGACCUGGAUCCUGCACUGCAAACUGUGUACAGGAAGGCGCUGAAAUCCAAGUAUGCAAAUCUGUACAUUGGUGGUGCAGCAGACCCAGAAGGAGACUAUCAGCUUGAUGUUGAUGUCUCAGGGCUCAUCUUCUCCCACCACCCACUCUUCAGCCGUGAACAUGUCCUGGCAGCUCGUCUAGCUCAGCUGUAUGAUCAGUACCUAACCAGGCAGCACAAUAAUCUCACAGGACACCUCACGGACAAGUUGAAUGGCUUAAGGAAGGCGCUGCAGAAUAUGGUGAGCGUCCAUGGUGAGCAGAUCAUAACUCAGGCCAUGCAGCAGAGGAUUUCUGAAUACAGCCUGGAAGUGAGGAGCACUCGGCAGCUGCGAGAUGCUGAGCAGGAGAAGGACAGGACUCUGCUGAAGAGCAUAAUUAAAGUGUGGAAGGAGAUUAAGGUGCUAAGAGACUUUCAGAAGUUUACCAACACCCCCUUUAAACUCUACCUCAGAAGAGAGAAUGUGGAUCGGGCAUCAGAUGAGCAGCAGUAUGAAGAUGAAAUCUUGUCAGAAGUCAUGGAAUUGGCAGCAGAGAGUGAGGAAGCCUACCAGAAGAAGCUGGCUGAGUACAAUAAACAGCUGGAGGAAUGGAAACCCUGGAUGAAGAAACAGAAAAUCAAAAAGAGAAAAAAAAAGAAAAAGAAAGGACAGACACAGGAUGACACAGAGGAAGAAGAUGAAAAGGAAGGGAGCGAAUCAGAAGGGCCGUUCGAAGAAGGUCCCCCAAGGCCUGUGCCUCCUGAGAAGCCAGACUUUGGCCUCAUAGACCAGCAAGUGAGAGAGAAAGCCUCCAGGAUACGGAGGAAACCCGGAGAGGCCAUCCUGAUCCCAGAACUGUCUGCAUCAGGAAGCAUCACUGCCAGUGAAUUCUGCCCCAGGACUGAAGUAGCUCGAAGACAGGAUGUUUCCAAGCGAUCUCUUUUCAUUAAAAUCCUCUAUAACGACAAGGAAGUUUCCCGAACGGACAGCCGCUCCCUGAGCACUGACUUCAGGGUUCACUUUGGUCAGAUUUUCAACCUCAAAAUACUUAACUGUCCCCAAAGUAUUAAUUUGCAGGUGUUUGAGGAGAUCGGAUUAUCCUGCUCCCUCCUGGCUCAGGUGUUUGUUCCAGUGCCAGAGCCCUCAGUUGUUACAGGCAACGUCCCUAUUGAGGAAUUUGAGUUCAGCAGCAAUCAGAGAGUGAUGUUUGACCACGAGGGAGUUGGAAGUGAUGUGCCGCUCUCGUUUGAGGCUGAUGGCAGCAAUAAGCUGACGCUGCUGACCUCUGGGAAGCUGUCAUCCUCUGUAUCUUGGGGGAUUGGUGAGGAUGAUGUGCCGCUCGCACCUCCUGUUUCCCAACAACCUGGUGGCAUACACAGUGGCUUGGGCCGUCUCGAUGCUGUCACAUACAUUGGGGCAUCAGGAUUAUAUGACAUGAAAAAAAUUAGUGAGUGGGCAACACAGUCACGAAUGGACCCCAACGAUCCGAAAAAUGCCUCCAUCAUGCAGCUGCUUAAAGUGGCAAGCAGCGGAGAGGUAACAGCUCCAGAGUACUUUCGUCUUGAACAUCUGCAGGAGGAGUUUAAUUUAGUUUUGGAUGAGAAGUUGGAGAAAUCCAACAGAUUUCGUCUGCUCAAGCUGAGGAGCCAGGAAGUUGCAGAGUUUCGCAAUUACAAAUUUGUUCCUGCUUUCGACAGAGAGGUCUCGAAUACGGUCUUCCAGGAGUAUGAAAAACGGUUGAAAGAUGGAGAAAUAAUUGACACUAAAGAACAUUUGGAUUCACACAGAGCUUUAGUGGCCAAAUACCUUCAGAAGAUCAGAGAAUCGGUCAUCAACAGAUUUCUUCUUGCCAAACAUGACUACCUCCUGUCUGACUUGGUGAUUGAAGAAGAGAUUCCAAACAUUGGGAUUCUGGGAAUAAACCUGUUCAAGCUGGCUGAACCCAAGCGACCACUGAAACCUCAGAGGAAAGAACGGAAGAAGGUGACCGCUCAGAAUCUGUCCGACGGAGACAUCAAGCUGCUUAUCAACAUCAUCCGGGCCUAUGACAUUCCCAUCCGCAGGCCCCAGAGCAAUAAACCAGGACAGUCUUCUCAGAGUGCCAUUCAGGGCAGUGAUUGGUACCUCAGCCAGGUGCAAGUGAGGCCAUUUGUGGAAGUUUCCUUCCAGCGCUCAGUACUUCAAACAACCACAGCUGAUGGACCAAACCCAAGUUGGAACGAGGAGCUGCAGCUGCCAUUUAGCGCUCCCAAUGGUGACUACAGUACUGCCAGCUUGCAGUCAGUCAGAGAUGAAGUCUUCAUCAACAUAUUUGAUGAAGUAAUUCAUGAAAUUGGAGUGAAUGACAAAGAGAGGGGUUCAUCCAUUCACACCCAGAUAGAGAAGCACUGGUUGGGCUCCGUCAAGAUUCCCUUCAGCACCAUUUACUCUCAGUCCAGGAUUGAUGGGACGUUUAAAGUGAAUACGCCAGCUGUGCUGCUGGGAUACAGCAAAGAGCGGAGCCAUGGCAAUAACGGUGGUUAUGAUAUGUUGCGCAGCCUGAAUGAGGGAGCCUUUAUCACGCUCUUCAUCACAAUCGAACCUCAGCUGAUGCCAGGAGAGUCUGUUAGGGAGAAGAUUAAGGAAGUAAAGUUCGACAGUCAGGAAGACGAGCGUUUACUUCAAGCUUCAGGGAAGUUUGAGAGGGAUGCAGCACUCAGCUACCCGGACCGACCCUGCAUCACCACAGUCACUGACCUUAACGGGAAGACAGUCUUCAUCACUCGUUAUAUCCAACCACUCAACCCCCCACAAGAGUUCCUUGAUGAAUUCCCAAAUAACCCUCUGGAGGCCACGACACUGGUCGCCCGAUUUGUCUCCCUCCUCCCUUCUCUGCCGGACCAAGUAUUAUUUUCUCGAGCCUGCAGCCUGUGGAGCACCUGUGACCAAUUCCUCACUCUGCUAGCAGGAGAUGAGGAAGAGCAUGCUGUGCUGUUGUGCAACUACUUUCUGUCUCUGGGCAAGAAAGCCUGGUUGAUAAUUGGCACAGCCAUACCAGAGGGACCCACCGCAUAUGUCCUAACCCAUGAGCAAAGCCGCUACCUUAUCUGGAACCCCAGCAGUGGUCAGUAUUACGGCCAGUAUGACACCUUCUGCCCGCUGCAAACAGUUGGCUGUUUGGUCAAUGCUGACAAUGUUUGGUUCAACAUUCAAGAAUAUGCAUCACCAAUGAGGAUGAGUUUUGACAUCACAAAAGCCAACUUCUGGAAACCGUUUUUCUCCCGAUCCUUCUCCCAUCCUGGGCUGUCUAGUGUCCAGCCAGAGGAGCUGGUGUAUCAGCGCACGAACAAAGUAGCUGCCUCAGAGCUUCAGACCAGAAUUGAGAACAUUUUGAAGGAGAAGAUCAUGGAUUGGCGCCGACAUCAACCAACCCGCUGGAACCGCUACUGCAACAGCACCUUGAAACGGUUCCUCCCUAAACUGGAGCUGGGCGGUGGACAGGAAGUGGCUGAAGGACACCGUCUGGAGUUGCAGAGCCAGCUGGGAGACUACAGGAUUACAGGGUUCCCUCUGCAUAUGCCAUUCUCUGAGAUUCAGCGCAUCAUUGAGCAGGUGUACAGCACCGGAGUUCACAAUAUUCAGACAUCCAAAGCGGAGUUUGCACUUGCUGUGUACGUGCACCCCUACCCCAACAAUGUCCUCUCUGUGUGGGUGUACCUGGCUUCACUUGUCCGCACUUGAUACAAUGCCAUUCUCCUAGCAUCACUACCUCUGUAGAUAAAUUAACUUUGUUUUUUUGUUUUUUACUCUACAUUUUUAUCCAUCUGAUUUUUCUAUAAGCAAAAGUUUCUCAGCAACACACACCAAUCCAACAUUACCCGAAAACCAUACAUACUGGCAACAGAUGAAGAGAUAGAUAUAGAUAUAUAUAUAUAUAUAUAUAUAUAUAUACACACAUUUUCCCAGUUGUUUAACUGUGUUGAGACAAAACUUUGUGACCAUACUACUCUUAACAAUUGUUGAUGCAGAUAUAAAAUGGACUAAAAGCUG